UAAGCUAACCCGCCCCUUCCGGCUCGCUCUGUUUUGCCCCUCCUUCCCCCUCCCAUGGCGUCGCGAGACCUGAUCGGGCCGGCGCUUCCUCCGCAUUUGGCCUCCUCCGCCGCCGAAGCCGACCCCGACGGAGACCCCGGGCAAGCUGCAGGACCAGCAUUACCUCCUGGUUACAAAAAUAACCCAGAAAUACACAAUUGUGAUCGAGAGAGCAACCCCAGUCCUGUACGGGGAGAAGAGGUUUCAAAUUCAGAAGAUGACGAAGAUGCAAGUCCAACACCCAGGAAACAGCGAAGAUAUCAAGAAGAUGAUGAUGAUGGAUUCUUUGGCCCUGCCCUUCCUCCUGGCUUUAAAAAGCAAGAUGAAUCACCAGAAAGGCCUAUUAUAGGUCCUGCUUUACCACCUGGCUUUAAGAAUGAAGAAAACAGAAGUUUCGAGGCUCAGAGUACAGAUAGCGAAGAAGAGGAAGCAGUGAUUGGCCCAAUGCCUCCCAGAGAGCCAGUAGGCUCAAAUAUAACGACAGAAAUCGAACAUAGAGCACAGAGAAUGAAAGAGAAGCUUCUUGGUCAAGAUGAUGAUGGGUCCAAACAAGUCAAAAGAGAGUCUUGGAUGACAGAUCUUCCACCAGAGCUCAAAGGCUUUGGACUUGGUCCACGAACAUUCAAAAGAAAAGCUGAUGAAAAAUCGGGAGAUAGAUCGGUUUGGACAGAUACUCCAGCUGAUAGAGAGAGAAAAGCAAAUGAACUGAAAGAUGGCAAAAAGGCUGUCAGUAAGAAUGAAGCAGAAAUUCUCUUUUCAGAGAGAGACAAAAGAUUGGUUGAACAAUUGUCCUCAUACAAUGAUUCUCAGAGAUCUGAAUCACUAAUGGAUAUGCACCAGAAAAAAUUAAAAAGCAAAGCCUCUGAAGAAAAGAAUAAACCCAAAGAGAGAAGGCCUUUUGACCGUGAUCAGGAUCUCCAAGUUCAUCGGUUUGAUGAAGCACAAAAGAAAGCGCUUAUAAAACGAUCUAGAGACUUGAAUACUAGAUUUUCCCAUGGCAAAUGCAAUAUGUUUCUGUAAUAAAAAUAUAAGAUGAUACUGAAGUAUAGUUGGGGACUCUCAAACUUCAAGUACAAAAAUUUUCUCUGUAUAUACAACAUAUACAUGUGAAGUACAUUACAUUUCAAUCAGAAAUCAGAAAUUUGCAGCCUAUUCAGAAUUCCUAUAGACUGUUCAUUCUCUUCAGAAACAGAUGAAAGAUGUAUGAUGAAUCCUCUAAAAGCUUACUGAAAUUAAUAGCCCUAUUAAAAGGAGCAAUCAAAUAGAAAAUAUUCACAGGUGUUCUAAAUAUAAUUUGAGAAAAUAAAUGUGUCUAGUUCAAAUUUAUGGUUUAGUUAUGGAGUUGUUCAUGUUUAAAAUGAAAAGCUGAUGGGUCGGUAUUCUAGUAUUCAAAGAUGGAGAAACUGAUAUUGCAAAGAAUAGAAAGUCAGAAUAGCUAUCUGUUUGUGUGUUUACAGUGAGGUGAAUGUAUGGUUAUACUUUAAAGCAUACUAUCUUUUAAAACUAUGAUUGGGCAGAAUCAGGCCCUGGGGCCAUGUGCUCUUUUGCAACUCAUCUCUGGAGCCGGCACUCUUGAAAGCCUUCAAGAAGCAGGAAUUCAUCAUUUUAUUAAACUGCAGGUCUCAGUUGCAUCGUUUGACAUUUUAAAUAAUUGUUUCCAACAUGUAGUUUUGAGGGUAUCUGUUUUUUAGUGUGUUUUGGCACAUUUGGCAGUCAGUUAAAACGUUGCUCAGUCCCAGCAGCAGGCUAGGACUCCCAGAACUUGCAUAAGUUAUUCACCCUGGUUUUACAUCAGUUGUUGUGCCCAAACGGUGUUCUCCUUUUAUUCAUAAAACGAAUAAAACUAAGAGGCAGAGCCAUGAAUUGGCUUAAUCUGAAUGUCAUUAGAAAAGUCUUGCACUCAAGAGUGUGCGACAUGUUUUCCACUAAUUUCCAGUUAUAGUGUUUGUACUUCUUAACUGAUGUAGGGAAAAUGGAUUUACACAUUUAUCUUUGGCUAUUACUCCAGCUUUCUAAACUCUCUCUGCAGAUAACUGUUCUACUAUUUGGAUUUUAAAUUGCUGCCCAAUAGGGUAGCAUGAAACUGAAUUUCUGUCUACACAGUUAUCUUAAAGAUGCAGAAGGCCAAACUAUUCACACUUUCUGCUUACAAGAAUGGGAAAAGUCUCAUUACAACUGCAUCUAUUCCACUGCUGUCAUCAUUUGUUAACAGUAAGAGGAAGGCAAACUAGGAUGACAUGAUCGUCCUAACAAUAGUAGUAAUGUGAACUUGCCCCAGUUGCUUUAUAACUUUGUCUGAGAGACUCCCACAUUACUGGCAAGUCAGCAGGGACCCUCUAUUAAUGAAUAUCCAUUAAAAUAUUAGUCAAAUGGUACUUGUCUGUGUGGUGUAUGUAAUAUGUAAAUAAAAAGUGGUAAUACUA